UGUUAGUAAACGACGGAUAAACACCGAGAAUUCCGUUAAAUUUACUUCCUGAUUUUGACAGUUGUACACGAUCUCUAAAAAUGAAUGUUAUAUUAGCAAUAAAGCAGUACAUCAGUAAGAUGAUAGAAGAAAGUGGUCCAGGAAUGAAAGUCCUUCUCAUGGACAAAGAGACGACCAGCAUUGUGAGUAUGGUGUAUGCCCAGUCAGAGAUCCUGCAGAAAGAAGUGUACCUCUUUGAACGAAUUGAUUCAGGUGGCAGAGAAACAAUGAAACAUUUAAAAUGUAUUUGCUUUCUACGACCUACAAAAGAAAAUGUUGACAUGUUGGCACAAGAACUUAGAAUGUCAAAAUAUGGACUGUACUACAUAUAUUUCAGUAAUGUAAUAAGUAAACAAGACGUGAAGACUCUGGCCGAGGCAGAUGAUCAAGAGGUAGUGAGGGAAGUUCAGGAGUUCUUUGGUGACUACAUAGCUGUAAAUCCACAUUUGUUCACAUUAAACAUACAAGGAUGUUAUAAGGGAAUAGACUGGUCUCCUGCAGCAUUGAAACGGACCACUCAGGGCCUCACAUCUGUACUUCUGUCACUGAAAAAAUGUCCCAUGAUACGAUACCAGAAUUCUUCCGAGAUGGCGCAUAAACUAGCCGAGCAUGUCAGGCAAACAAUAACGAAAGAUGCAGGAUUGUUUGAGUUCCGACGUACAGAUGUUCCUCCUAUCUUACUGAUACUGGAUAGGCGGGAUGAUGCAGUUACGCCAAUGUUAAAUCAGUGGACAUACCAAGCUAUGGUACAUGAGCUACUGGGUAUAAACAACAACCGUGUGAAUCUAUCAAAUGUACCCGGCAUCUCAAAGGAACUACAAGAAGUUGUCCUCUCUGCAGAACAUGAUGAGUUUUAUGCUAAUAAUAUGUAUAUGAAUUUUGGAGAGAUUGGUAACAACAUUAAAGAAUUGAUGGAUGAAUUCCAGAAGAAAUCUCAGAGUCAAGCUAAAGUGGAAUCCAUUGCAGAUAUGAAGGCUUUCAUUGAAAAUUACCCUCAGUUUAAAAAGAUGUCAGGUACUGUAUCUAAACAUGUGACACUGGUUGGAGAGUUAUCAAGACUUGUGGGAAAGAACAGUUUACUGGAGGUGUCAGAAACAGAGCAGGAGCUUGUCUGUAAAGGAGAUCACUCCGCCUCUUUACAGAAAAUAAAGACAUUGUUGCAUGAUAACAAAGUAACACAGAUAGAUAAAUUACGACUGGUAAUGUUAUACGCCCUACGGUACGAGACACACAGCAAUAAUGACGUAUCUGGUCUUGUUGACACAUUGCGGAAACAAGGCAUCAGUGAUAAACACAGAGCGUUGGUGUCAGCUGUACUGGAGUAUGGGGGACGGAAAGCGAGAGGAAGUGAUUUAUUUGGCAGUACAGAUCCUGUAGCAUUUACUAAACGAUUUCUCAAAGGUUUAAAGGGUGUGGAGAAUGUGUACACUCAGCAUAAACCAUUACUACAUUCUGUAAUAGACCAGUUAACAAAGGGUAAAUUACGAGAGGCAGCCUACCCAUACCUUGGUACAGGACAGCUGAAAGACAGACCUCAGGAUAUAAUUGUGUUCAUUAUUGGAGGAACAACAUUUGAAGAAGCCCUCUGUGUUCAUCAGUUGAAUAAAGCAACACCAGGUGUUCGUAUAGUCCUAGGUGGAACAGCCAUUCAUAACUUCAAAAGUUUUAUUGAGGAGGUACAGACCUCAGUUCAACCAGUUGCAAUGGGCAGAGUUGAUGCUAUGAGACGGUGACAGUAUGUGGUGGAGGAGAAGAUGUCAGUUGAUGUAGUGAGACAGUGACAUUAUGUUGAGGAGAAGUUGUGAUACAAGGAAAAAUUCUCAUAUAAUCUGAAACAUGCAAGACUGUAGGAUAGGAUAUAUGUGUUCCUGAAUUUUAUGAUAUUUUUGUGAUUUCUUCAUGAACUGAUUUUCAUUUCAUUUUGAGUAAUUUAAGUUCUUUGAAGACUGACAUUCUGCAGGGGUAUUCUAGUCAGGGCCUGAUCUAGUUAAAUUCUCUUGCCUCUGAUGCAUAUUUUUCAGGAGGUAGGUUGUUCUGCCCUUGUGUGCUUGCUUGUGUCUGAACUAACCACUGGAUUUCUGCACUGCAGCAAGCCAAGUUGUUGUAUGAUCUUAAAUGUAGUGGCCUAAAAUGUUUGAUCUAUUUUCAUCAGGUUAUACUACCUUUUAGCCACUGUCUUGUUUUGUAACAUCCCUCCCAUUAUCCCUCAAUACUAGGCACAUUAAACAAUCUAUAUGCCCCUUUUUAAACUGUUGCCUCUCAAUGUAUGGCUUAGACCUUUAACAGAUGUAGUUAAAACAUGCAUUCUGCAUAUUGUUUCAUUGGGAGAUAAAUAUAUGGGAAGUCAUUCAAAGUUUCUUCAAGGAGUGAAAAAUGGUCUUGUGCACUAUGUUUGGUCUUCAGCACUGUGUUUGAUAAUUUGUGUCCAGUUACUUACAGAUCCUACAAAAAUGUCAGGGUAAAAGGUGGUACAGACACAAAGUUCUUGCUGACAUUUGGACAAGAGUACUAAAAACAAAAUGUCUACCCAGAAAAAAGUUUAACAUUUUAGCAAGAACAGUUGUGUUGUGAGAAACAUGCAAAUCAGUUUAAGAAAAAAUUGUGAGAUGGCCCAGUUGGUUAGUAUAAAUGGUAUUAUUUUAACAUGAAUACCAUUAAUGCAUUUAGAACUGUAGAUGGUAUACUCAUGUACAUAGACCCAAAAAGUAUUAUAAGUAAUGCAUUAUUCAUUUCUUGUAGCAACCUUUUGUUUUUCCUAUUCAGUGCUUUCCAGUGGGGGUGGGGCAUGGGGGUGUCUCUGUGUGUGUGUGUGUGUGUGUGUGUG